AUGUUCCCUCCCAUCCACCUACAGUUGACAUCGACCGGUGCCCUCGCCCAACCCAAGUCCGGCUGGACCGCGCUCAAAGACUUCACCAACGUCGUCUACAACGGCCAGCACCUCGUCUACGCCUCCACAACAGAUGCAUCCGGAAACUAUGGCUCGAUGAGCUUCUCCCCUUCACCAACUGCCUACCAAUGGGGUCCGACAUCCUUCUCCUACAAGACAUCCAGUGACCCCACAAACGCCAACAGCUGUACAGGCGUCAUCGACCAAACCGUUAUCGGCGAUAGCAAUAACAUGUACCUGUUCUUCGCCGGCGACAACGGCAAGAUUUACCGAGCCAGCAUGCCCAUCGCCAACUUUCCCGGGAGUUUCGGUACAAAGUAUGAAGUCGUCCUAAGUGAUAGCCAGAAUAAUCUCUUCGAGGCGGUGCAGGUUUACACUGUGGAGGGCCAGAAUAAGUAUCUCAUGAUUGUCGAGGCUAUCGGUGCGAGUGGGAGAUAUUUCCGGUCUUUCACAGCUGAUAGCUUGGGGGGUACUUGGACUGCGCAGGCCGCGACUGAGACGACCUGGACGAAUGAUAUCAGUCACGGGGAUCUUGUGAGAACCAACCCUGAUCAGACCAUGACUGUUGAUGCUUGUAAUUUGCAGUUUCUUUAUCAGGGACAUGAUCCUAGUGCGAGUGGGGCCGGCGGUUUUGACAUUGAAAUGAGUGAGGAAGUAACCUAUCAUACAGGUGUGGGUUAG